AUGCACAAGGUGUGGAGCAUCGGUUGUCGUCAUGCACGGGGUCGUAUAAUUAAUUUGCUAGCAUUUUCUUCACGUAGUUCACUUCCAGCUGGUUUUAAAAGUCCACAAGCCGUAGCAGACGCCGUUGCAGCUGCUCUAGCGUCCGAGAGCGACGUGGAGAGAGCUGCCAGAAGGAAUCAAGGUCAAGUUCCAGCUGAUUCCACUGAAUCGGUCAAGAUAGAGCGUCGCCAUCUAGAAGGCGAUGUAAUUGCCACCAAGAAUAUUACAGUAAAUCAGUUGCUGAGUCCAAAGAUGACAUCGGAUUGGCAAUUGAUUAAACCGGAACACUUUGAAAAGGUUCCGAGCCCGAUCGACUGGAAGACUGGACUGAUGGAGCUCCAAGAACGAAUUGGUGUAAAAUUUCAGGAUUUGACACUGUUGCAAAGUGCAAUGACACACCACGGCUGUCUUCCAAAUAAUGCUGUUCCGGAAGGUGUCCCGGUAGUUCGACUAUCAAACCGCAGUCUAGAGUUUCUCGGAGACUCACUGCUCGGUGCAGCAGCGGCGGGUUACGUGUACCAGAUGCUACCACAUCACCAAGAAGGGCAACUUUCACGGGCUAAAUCAGCAAUUGUUAAUAACGAUACGCUGUCCAAGAUCAGCGCAGACUUGGGAAUUACAAAACUUCUUCUUUGGCCUCCUGGCUUAAAUGAGGCGAGCAGUGCACCAGUGGUUAUCAAAGGCCGUGUCACGAUUGCUGCUGGAGCGGUUGAAUCGCUUAUUGCAGCCAUUUAUCUGGAUCAGGGUAUGGAGACAGCACUGAAUUUUGUGACUACGCAUGUUAUUCCUCGAUCGGUUGAGUAUGCCACGCGUGACGUCAUUUGGGAACCUAUCGUCGAAUUGCAGAACCUUUUGCAGGGACACUACUACGGCCAUCCUGUUUACAAGUAUCUGCCAGCCGCGUUAAAUGCUUCUGAGUACAUUGUGGAGCUCUACGUAAAAGGAAGGCCAAUUCUGAAGGCAGCAGCGCCAUCGUACAAGCUGGCGCGAGCGCGUGCAGCGGAGGCUGCUUACUGGCACUUUGAAAAGCUGCUUGGCCCUGCUCCGUAG